AUGCGGUUGAAAUUAAGCAGAAAGUUGUCAAACAGGCAAGCAACUCUCCCAGAUGGUUUUGAAGGCUCGGGUUUGAAGAUGGGUUCAAGUAACACCGGCAAUAGUGAAACACAAAAGCAAGCAGGUCAAUCUGAAGAUGAAGCAGACGAUGUCUUCAAUAUCCCUGAAAACCCUCCUGACUCUGACCAGCCAAAAAUCGACCAGCACCAACAUGGCAACGAGAAUCACAACGAAUAUUCCUCAGCUCUCGCACCCUCACUCACCAUUGGUAUCGUCGCAAUCAUCAUCAUUUCUGCCGUCGUCGUUCGCUACAUGAGAAGGAAGAAGAAGCUGGAAAUGCUCGGCAACGCUCCAAACAAACAGAGCGAAAAGGAGAAGCAGCUGGUGGACAAUGAGCCGUAUGCCAACUCUUCAUUAAACUACGGUGACUACGACACUACGCCUCCACCCACAUACACAAUCCUGCCUCGGAGUACGUCCCUUAACACUCACGGCACCUUCGGCAACGACCAAUUUGGCACUAUAAACAGUGUCAACAGUGGUAUCAACCAAUUUGGCGCUAUGAACAGCGUCAACAGCGGCAACAACCAAUUUGGCACCAUAAACAGCGCCAACACCGUCAACACCAUGCAAGAUCUCCCUCCGACACCAGCCCCUGAAGACGAGGGGGACUUGCGUGGACUUGAACCACCAAGGAGACCUUACGUACAAUCGCCGCCAACUGUUCAUUUUGCACCAAUCAUGCCGCGCUCCUCCUCCCUUGGGAGCGUUAAUUUGCCGCAAUCAGCUUCCCAAGGUAGUGUCAGGAGUGUAAAUGAACGUACUGCCAGUCCAACUGAGCGCGCUGCAAGUCCAUUAUCACAUUCAUCAAGUCAUGCUUCUUUUCGACCACAGUCUGUCACACCGGUGCCCAGAAAAACCCCUUCCCCAUCCCAACUAGUUUCGCCUCCGGCAAGUCAAUCGCAGCCAUCAUCUCCCGCCUCAGUCACCUUCGUCAAGUCUCCACCUCCAUACGCUCCAUCUCCCCCACCUGGCUAA